AUGUUAGGUAUUUGUAAAAAAUGCGAAAAGACCGAAUAUUCGGAUAUUGCUUGGUGUAAAUCAUGUGACCCCGUAAAUUCCGUUCGUACUGGAAAUGAUGAAAUCGACAAGUUUUUACAGCGUGCUUUACUCUCGGCGAAAAGUUACGGAAAAGUGGUAGAAUGGAUUCAGUUUAACAGAUUGGAAGAUAUAAAGUUUAUUGGACAAGGUGGAUUCAGUAAUAUAUUUUCAGCUACAUGGAUAGAUGGGGAAAGAAAGGAUAUUGAAGAGGAAGGAGAGAUAAGGGGAAAAAAAUUAAAAGUUGCGCUUAAACUUUUGAACAAUUCUGAAAAUAUCACGAAAGCUUUUUUAAACGAGAUUGAAAAAGAUAUUUCAAUAAGAAAUGAAUUUAUAGCUGCAGAUAAAAUAGCAAGAAAUGAAAUUAUAGCUGCAAAUAAAAUAGUUUCAAAUCCAUCAAGUUCACAAAUACAUCCGAAUGCCAUAUACACCAGUCGACUUCUUAGCAAAAAGCUUGACCUGGAAAACCUUCCAGAACCGAAAAAUUCAACCG